UGGAAACAGGCCGCGCGGCCCCGGGUGGGGAGGCGAGCCUUUGCAUUUUCUAACGUUUACCAGCCGAUUUUUCCCCCGUCAGCAGGGUGGACAAAAGUGUUGAAACACAGUAUUAUGUAAACGAUAAGUGCAGCCGCUUACCUGAUAUUAAAAAGUGAAAAGUCAAAAUAAGGAAUGUUCAAAAACGAAUAUCAGGGCGGUGCGGUUGUCGACAUCUUCAGUGCUCAGGGAAAAGAUCCCGUGGCCAAAUGGAAACUUCAUGGAGGGCAGUCAGCGAUAAGCAAAGUUUUUGACAAAGAGAUGAAAGGCUUUGUUUAUAUUCUGGAAGGCAGCAGCCAAGCAAACAAAAUGCAGAUGCCGAAGGAUAACAAAAUAAUGCUGGGGCUUAGCCAGAGGUUCCUUGUCCUUCAAGUGUACCUACCCCUGGGAAAAGACUUCUCCACUGAACUCAUAGUUACAGAUUUAGAAAGUCUUAAAAGAAGAUUGUAUCUCUCCACCGUUCAUAAGGAAUUCACUGCAACCCCGCUGCAUGCUAGAAUACCUCUCUCCAGUCUCAAGCGUAGCAUUUGGAGCAAUAUGUGCAUCGACCUCAUGUCUUUAACGGGUGAGAUAUUCAAGGGUGCUUCAUUCCUUUCACUGGAUGGCAUUACUGUGUCUGCCACUUGCCGACUCAGGAGAGUCUUUACAAUGAAAGUGCAGCCAACGGAUGCCUUCAGCCAUGCCACUCCUAAUAAUUGUGGUCAUAAUUCUGUGGAUGUGACACCACGAAGUUUUCAGUUUCCAGCAGAUGUCCAGCAUAUUACUCAAGUAGUGAACAUGGACAUGCUGAGAGUUGAAAUUUCGUCCAGUAUCUCUUCCACAACAGAAUCUGAACAGAAAAACAGUCCAAGCUUAGCCAGUGUACGUGGGACAAGGAGCCAUUUUGUGUCCCACAUUGCUUUUGGAUCAAAGGUACCGGGGCCUCCUCCAGCUACAGGAAGGAAGACCAGUGCAUCCAGUUGUCCGGAGGCAUGUAGCUCUGCAACUAGAACAGCCGUGGCUACAAAGAUCAAUGAAGACUGGCCAAAAAAACACACAGAUCAGUGUGAACAGAUUCUCAAUUCCCCACAAGACUUCACAUUGCAACAAAAAUGUCCAGGCAAGGCUAUACCAAGUAAAUGUCUGAAUGUAGAUCAAGGUCCCGAGGAGUCAGCUGAUGGCACCUCAAGCACAGUGAACAGUGCAGGCCAUCAGAGCACCGGGCAAAUGAAAAAGAAUUCAAGAAAUUACAGAGAUGAUGCAAGACAAGACAGCUGGAGUUUUCCUUUCAAUUUGAAGGACUUUGAUGGAUUCGAUUUGGAUCCAGAAUCUCAGGUCCAUCAACGAUCCCCUGGCGCCUUGCUUUCCUGGGAGGGUGAUGAAAAAGAUGAGAUGGUUGAGCCUCAGCUAACUCUGAAAGAAGAUUUCAACUUCUCAUCACGUCCUCGCUAUGCAAGGCGAUUUCAAGGUCACACAUCCACCCCUGAGGUCACUGUGUCUUCCCCUGACUGGAGGGGCAACUGGCAUGGAGCCGAUAGAGGGCCAAGGAUGGAAGAUGAUUUCAUUGGCAGUGAAAGUGAUGAGGGUGAAGCUAGCCUAACAAUUCUUAUUCAGAAGCCCAAUUUCCAGUCCUGCUUAAAUGACUCAGUUUCACAGAGUCUUGAUGGGGAUGACGAAUGGAACAUAUCCCGCUUGGAAGAAUCUGAUAGUCAAAAGGAGCUGAUACAGCCCAGCACCACAAUGGCGUCCUUGAGCACUGACUCAGGAUAUAAGAAAGCCACCUUGGAUUUGGCCCAUUGGACUGAUAUGGUGCCAGUGCGUAGUCUCUCCCCAAGUGGAACUGGACAAGGACCCAACUCAUUUGGAGCUCAAAAGGCUUGUCAGCAGCAUUGGCCCAGGACCUCGUUCAGCAGGCGGUCACUCAGAGAGAUUCCAAGAGGGGCUGGGAGGAUGCAUGUGGAACGUACAGCAGAAGACGGAAGGGAAAAUUAUUCUGUAAAAAACAGCUCUGAGGUGUCCAUGUUGUUUAGUCUUGGAAUGCAAGAAGAGGAGGAGUUGCAUAUGUUAGCUAGUCUCUGCCGGCAGAAAGUGGAGGAUUCACAGGAGGGAGCCAGCUGGCCUACAGGCCUCAGUGCUUCUCAGAUCCACAACUGCACAGUGAGCAUUAGCAGCUGCAGCGAUGAAACCUCUACCUGGACGCCCCGUCUCCACAUGCCAGCUAAUCAGGGACAUCAUUACCAAACAGAAAUUCAUCCUCUUCUUCAUUCCAAUCCACGGGAAUGGUUAGGUGUUUUCAGCCCACCUAUAAUCCCUCCCAGUGAGCACACGAGUGGGACAGGCAACAGUGAUCAUCGCAGGGACAUCAUGAAAGGCAGAGCCGUGUCAAUGAGUGAAGCAGACGCGGAAGAUGAGUUUCUCACUGUACUCUAUGAUCCCUGCUUGAAUUGCUACUUUGAUCCUGAGUCAGGAAAGUAUUACGAGUUAGUCUGAUGAAAAUAAAUGUCCCACUUUACAGUCUACCUUUUAAACUCAUUUAAAGGCAAUGUAAACGAAAUAACUUAGUUACACAUUAGUCAGUGAAAUGUGUUAUGAUUUAUGUAUUCAUUUUCUGACAUUUUAAAUGAUUUAAUGCUAAAAAUGCUUGCAGAUCUAUUUCAAACUAGGUGUUUAUUGCUUUACUAAGCAUUUCAAGUGCAAUUUCAAUUUUAUAUAGAAAUAACUGAAUGAAAUAUAAUGUGUUAAAAGUAAUUAUUUUGCAUAUUUAAUCUUUUCAUACAAAUAAAAAUCUGCAGGUUUAAAAUCUGUGUCUUUCUUCUAUAUGUAAGCACACAGAGAGCUAAAUGCUGUAGUGUACUUAUGUUGCAUAGCAGCAAACAUAAUGCCACAUUUUAUUAGUUCAUUUUAUUAGUUCAUUUCUACAUUCGUUUUUUCCUACUACACAGUUAGUCCGUGUACAACGCGUGAUAUCACGCCACAAAAUCUGUUCUAACACGAUUGAUAUAUUAAUACCCAUGUCCAAUAGAAUGCGGAAUCGCAUUUGUAUGUGCAAUUUUCAGUUGGAGAGAAAAGCACUACAAAAAGACUGGGUCAGCACUACUUGCACGCAAAAACAGGUAUCCAAGUGAACGAUAACGAUGUCCAAGUUUUGCACACAUUGUUCUUUUGAACCGGUUCUUUUCUGUGAAUCGGUUGAACCAGAUUUCAAAUCUAAAAAAACUGAACUCUUGGUACAUUCAUGCAUUGCAUAGGUCAAAGUCUUAGAUUGUAAAAAUCUAAAAUGACAAAUUAUAUAAAAACACAAAGCAACAUUUUAAAAUAACUCUGCAUAUUAUGAUAUAAUUUAUGAAUGUAUUUUUGUUGAUUUUUAUUUAAAAUGCAUAAAAUUACAUUAUUGGCCACUGUUGUCAUUGUUUUUUAUUAUUUGCUUUAUUUUUUUUGGCAGAAGUUACUAAGUUUUGGAGUCUCGUUCCCCUAACCUGAUAUUUCCCAUUGGAUAUGUGUAUUUUGGUAUGCAAUUUUAGCAAACGUGAGGCUUUUCAGGAGUGCGUUGGUCACGUUGUUACAUGACUGAUUGAACUUUUAUAUUGUAGUGAUGGUUUGUUGAUUCUCAUCCACCUCUAUAGUAACUAUGCUGGGGCUGCUGUAUUCCAAGCCGUGAAAACCUUGGCAAAUCAAGGGCGAUGAUGCAAGCAGAAAAAUUACUGCUGACCCCUCUCACCCUGGUUACCCUCUCUUCCAAAAACUUGAAGACUGUUCGGCACCAAAAUAUCUUCUUUCCUAGAUUAGGGGAAUUAUUCAACCAGCCUGCAUAAUGCCUAUAUGUUUUCUGUGUUGUCUGCACUUGGGUUAUACAGUAUGUUGUUACUCAGUCUGUGCUUAGAGUUGUACUUAUGAUAAAUAUCUGUGCAAGAUAUGUAUUAAUAUAUGCAAUAUGUACUCACCAGAUACGCAAAAAAAAAAUUCUUGUACAUACUAAAACUGGCCAAAUAAAGUUGAUUCUGAUUUGA